AUGGCGGCGAGACCUCAGAAGACUAUGGGGCUUGUCUUUCCGAUGAUGUUGGUCAUGUUAUUAUGCCUACCGAUGAUCCAAGCGCAAGAUAUGAUUGCUUUGGGCGGCUACGAUGAAAAUGUGGCAUCCUUUGGAAACACAGAAAGCACACAGUACAUCUCCUUUGAUGCGGCCAACUUGGGAUCUGGACGUGAUUUCUAUGAUCGCCCAUCUUUGCAACUCCAACUAAGUCGAGAUGGACCCAUCAAGACGUUUACCAAAGUCCUCGGAAAUUCAGCUCGAAAUGUGCAUUUUGUGGGAGAGACCGAGGGAGGAGACACAAUCCAGCUACUGCGAGUCAAGUCGUCAGCAUCAGGACGGGAGCAACUUGUUGGAUCUCUUGUGGAAUUGGAUACGAAGAGAAUCUACCAAUUCCAUCAAAAGGCACACCCGUCCGAAAAUCAGCGGAAGGUACAGGAUCAAGAGGAGAGUAUCGUGACAGUGCAGGCGGCUAUUACACCUUCGAGAGACUUCCCUGAAUCAUCAGACCCUCUGACGUUUGAUUCAGCAUUUGUGGCCCAGGUUGAGCAAUAUCACGAACAAGCUGAUCAAGCAUACUUGCUGUCUGUGCGUGAGAAGCAGAUGGCCAUCGAAACCCAAGAAGGUGGUUCCAACAAUACCGGUAGCAAUGGAACCGGCACUGAGGACGAUGGUGGAGACGACAUUGACGCUCAGGACGAUGGCAAUGAUAAUUCCAAUAUUGACAUUGUUACAUUGAUGAUUGUGUGGACGAAGAGGGCAGAAUGUGAAUACUCUGAAUUGGUCGAAGACUGUGAGGUCACGCAGGAAACUGAAGACAAUAUGCGAGCAAUCAUUGCAGCAGCUGUCGCCGAAACGAACACAAUAUACAUCAUGAGCAACAUUGAUAUUCGCCAUGAGUUGGUUCAUGCCUAUCGCCAUCCAACAUAUGAUGAAAGGGUUGAUACGGUAGACGAUCCAUUGGGCGUGGGCAUGUUUGGCAGUUCCCUUGUCAAUCUGAUCGACCCCUGGAACGGUCAUCUCGACGAUGUGCAGCAGGUUCGAAGGGAAUACGAAGCUGACAUGGUCUCUCUGGUGGUCAACACUAAUUCGUACUGUGGGGCUGCAUCUAUCGGUACUAUUUUGGUACCACACCCAACGGCCCCCUUCAUGUAUUCUGUGCUUUACUGGCAGUGCUUGACAGGAGUCUAUGUGCUCGGUCACGAGCUGGGCCAUAAUUACGGCUGCUUUCACGACAGAGGAACGGAUGGUAGUUGUGACUGGACAUCGGUUUGGCCUGCACAUGGAUGGCGUGAUCCUAAGGGACAGUUCCGGACGGUCAUGGCUUAUAAUUGCAGGCAGGGGCAGUGUGACGAGAAUCCUCAUAAUGACUGCCCUGUAGUCCCUCGAUUUUCCGAAUCCGGGACAACGUUCCAGGGAGAGCCAUUGGGUGAUUGGAGAAACAAUUGCGCUCGACAGAUUCGUCUUGUCGCACCGAGAAUUUCGAAGUUCUACGGGGACAACAAAAGAUGGGUUUGCGGUGAAAAUGCAACUGCAUGUGAGGCAUACCAGGACGUGUCAAGAUUCGUGAAUGGGUUCUUUUGUUUCGCCCCUCACAUGACUGUGCAACUGGAGGGUCAAGAACAACCAACUGAGAUGAAAGACUUGCGGGUUGGAGAUCGAGUGCUUUCGGCAGGAUCCAAUGGAGUGCCAUCAUACCAGACAAUCUACAGCAUAAACCACUAUGAUCCAAAGACGCCAACAGAGUUUCUGCAGCUACAUGUCUUGCAAGACGAGAUGAACUCCGCAACAAUGUUGGAACUAUCCGCUUUCCACAUGGUCUACCUCAAGGGAAAGGACAAUCCGGUACCAGCUCGUCAAAUCCAAGCAGGUGACUAUGUUCAUGUUUUCUUCGAGUACACGAACAUGACUGCAGAGUUAACCAUACAAAGCUCUUGGCCGCCGAGCGCUGCACACUCGUAUGCCCGAGUGGAAAGUGUGAAAAAAGUCAUACGAAAAGGUUUCUUCAAUGCUUUGACUGAAUCCGGCACAAUCGUGGUGAAUGGAGUUGCUACCUCCACUUAUGCAUCGAUAUUAUCAGCUCCUGAUGACCACCACUCUAGUGUCUCCAAAGCUAGAUUCAUCACUAUUGACGAUGGAGAAUUCAUUCGCGUUGGGAACUGGAAUCUCCUCUCCCAGCAGACGCUUCUUCACUGGAUGCUGGCACCUUAUCGAUACGUGUCAUUGUGGAGACUGUCCAUCCAAGAUCCUCCAAAGGGAUUCCAACCAGACGAUGCCAAAUCCACACAAGAGGGAGAAUACCUUUCCCCGUACAGCUACUGCGGCAUCUGCAUCUUCGUUUGGUGGCAGCAUCAGUCAGAUUUGAUUCAAACGUUGGUGUUCUUCUCGUUUUUGGUCGUCUUUGGUGCAAUACAGCUGCUUCUUCCGAUCGCAACUUGUACGGUUGUGUUGGUAUCAAUAGGUUCAUUCCAUGCACUUGCUGAUGCAGUUGGUGUACAAACAUGGAUUGAAGUCGAAAAGAAGCUGGGAAUGGUGAAGAGACGCGCAAAUUCGCAUAAGAACUCUACUCCGAAGAGUUCCAAGCCUCAAGAACUUUUGGGCACGAUAUAG